UAAUCGGUUAUUAUUCAGCAUAAGAACCAUUUAUGUGUUGGCUUUCUUCUAAAAAAUAUAUUAUCUUUAUAAGCACGAAAAAGUUUAAUUAAAAAUAUGUUUACAAAGUAUAUUUUAUUGUUUUGUUUAACGUAUUAUAUUCCAAAGGUUGACUCAAUGGAUGAAGUGGAAAUAGAAAUUCUAUGGGACACGAUAAGAGGCGAAAGUGACUUUAUUAACCACGAUCAUUUCCGUAGUUAUUUUAAAGACGAAGAUCAAAGUGAACUCUUAAGCGUAAUAGAGACUUAUGGCCACAAGUGUACGGCAGAAAGUCAAAGUAAAGGUGAAAACAGAAUGGAUUUAAAGGAGUUUACAAAAGCUGCGUCUGAAGGCUGCAUAAACAUAUGUUCUAAGCAGGCAAUCGAUGCUGUAUUCAAUAAAAUAAUCGCAAACAAAAAAAACGGAGACCAUAUUACCAGCCAAGACAUGAUUCAAUAUUAUGGACUAACAGUUCCAUUACCUCAAAUCGAAUAUGUUAUAAGCAAAUACGUUGUUGGACAAAAACAUUUAAAUUUCUCUGCACUUAGAAAGGCCAUAAACACUGGUGAUCUUCCAAAACCUUGGCGUGAUGAAAUUGCAAUUCGGGUGUUGAUAAACGAUGAAUUUAAGAAAAUAACUCUAGAAACAGAGGACAGAAAUAGUAUUUCCUUCGAAGAACUAGUUGAAUAUUAUAAAACAAAAAUUCCUGUGACUCAUAUUGAAUAUAUUAUACGUAACUACGGGGAAACGCAAGAUGGACAACGCCGAAUGAACCUCAAUGGCUUCACCAGAGCUAUAAACGGAGGUUAUCUUCCAAAUCUGUUAUGUGAUGCAGUUAAGAUUUUUUCAACAAUAUCUCAUACACCUUUUAUACGUUUUCUGCUUAGGGCUACUUCUGCCGAAAAGAACCAUUGGAAAGAACAUUUCGACUAUCAAUGGAAUGGUGGACAGUACAUGUUAAAUUUCGCGAACUUCAGAAGAAGCAUGGAACAAGAAAUGUGGAGUUCUUUCAGUCCUGCAGAGAUGGACAUUUGA